CACCUGCUGCCAUUCUGGCAUUACGUCAAUGGUGGUCGUCUGAUUCGUUCGUUUGGGAGGAGUUGCUGCGACCGCCAUUGUUAAGAGUUCCUUCGCAUUACUGAACGUGAUUAGUGAAUACGUAGAAUUAUUCUUAUUUUCGUGAGGUUUUUUAUUCGUAGGUUUUUGUUUUAACGUGAAACGUUAUUAGAUUAAAGGUGAUAAAUAUAUAAGUAAAAUAUAUAUUAGUGUACGUAUUAAUAUCGACAUAGUAUGUCCACGAUGAAUCCGGAAUAUGAUUAUUUGUUCAAAUUAUUGUUAAUUGGAGAUUCUGGAGUUGGAAAGUCUUGUUUGCUGUUACGUUUUGCCGAUGACACAUAUACGGAAAGUUACAUCAGUACCAUCGGUGUUGAUUUUAAAAUAAGAACAAUUGAUUUAGACGGGAAAACGAUUAAAUUGCAAAUCUGGGAUACGGCGGGUCAAGAAAGAUUUAGGACAAUUACGAGUUCUUAUUACAGAGGUGCGCACGGUAUUAUUGUCGUUUAUGAUUGCACAGAUCAAGAUACAUUUAAUAACGUCAAACAAUGGUUGGAAGAAAUUGAUCGCUAUGCCUGUGAUAAUGUCAAUAAACUUCUGGUCGGAAACAAAUGUGAUCUUCAUACUAAAAAAGUAGUCGAUUAUACUACAGCUAAGGAAUACGCGGAUCAACUUGGUAUUCCAUUCUUAGAAACAUCAGCAAAAAAUGCUUUGAACGUAGAACAAGCAUUUAUGACAAUGGCUGCAGAAAUAAAAAGUAGAGUGGGUCCACCAUCGAGUGGAGCUAGUGAUCCAGCAAACAAGGUUAAGAUUGAACACGGACGUCCAAUUGAGACGUCUAAAUCUGGGUGCUGCUGAGAAAUGUAAUUGUCAUUCUCUUUUACCAAAAAAACACGCGUUGCAAAAUGAUUUAAAAAAAGAAAAAGAAAAAAAACAGAAUUGCAGUUUUAUAUACUGCAAAAUGAUGAUUAAACACAUUACCCGGAGACAAAAAAACAAAAACAAAAAAACAAAAAGAAGAAAAAUAUGGGGAAAAUGGAAACAAACAACAAAUAAAAGGAAAAAAAAAACAGAAAAAAACAAAAAAGGAAAAGUCUCUUCAGUUUAAUAUUAAUUAGAUACACGAUGUGUGAGAUAUUGUCACGUAAUGGACCACCAAAAAAAAAACAACAACAACAAAAAACAACUCUGGUGCAGAGUUACGCAACAAUUGUUUGCCUGCCUGUCCCCUCGCCACCCUUUCGCCCCGCACCCCCUGUACCGCCCCUCUAAAUUGUUUCUUUCUUUUG